GAGUAUUUUGGGCAGUUCGUGGGAUCUGAGUCGAGCAUUGGAGAAGGGAGUUUGAUGUAGUGUUGAUGUGCCGUAGUUGGAUUUUUUUUGGUGCUCGUUCGAGUUGUCGCCUUGGUGGGGUUAGGGUACAGGAAGAACGAGUGUGUGUGUGUGUGUGUGUGUGUUUGUGUUUGUUUGUGGGGUGGUGUCUUUGGAUGCGGGAUGAGGAGAUUUUGUUUCAGUUUACGGUGUUUGGAAGCGGAUCGUUUUGGGAGAUUAAGAAGAGUGGUGUCGAGAGCAUCGUAAAGUUUGGGCGUGUUCCUUGGUCUUCACUGUGAGUGCGGCGGAAUUGAAGACGGGCACUUCGGCCGUGCUUGAUGGCGUCUUCGGCCAUCUUUUUAUUUUCUUGAUUCUUCAAUUUUUGUUUUUUGAAUUUGUGGAUUGUUCUCGCGAAGGCGCGUGGUCUCGUUGCUUCCUUUUGACUUGCAAAGUUAGACUGUUGGUGGAGGAUUCUACUCUGUGUGGUAAUACGUCCUUCCAAGGAUCGAUCCAAGGUGAUUGCGUUUAGGUCGAACUUUCAAAUCAAACACUAUGUCAGAACAAAGUGAUUUGACGCAAAGCAUCCCAGACUCUGUGAUGGAAAGUGUUAACAAGAUGCCUGCUUCUCAGACUGCUCCUACUUCCGAGUACGGACCUAGCAAUCGGUUCUUGACGAAGGAUAAGACCGUGCACCAGCUUCUCGGUGGAGGCUUAGUCGCUGAUUCGGCCCUCUGGAGAGACCGGUACCUCUCCGGUGGAACUCUGGGCGGUUCGACGCUCCUCUGGAUUCUUCUGGAGAAAUCUGGCUACACAUUUCUUACAUUGGUGUGCAACAUCCUCCUGUUCGUGGUCGUCAUUCUCUUUGUCUGGUCGAACGUUGCUACUCUGAUUAACAGGCCUGGUCCACCGGUACCGGAGCUGUCUCUCUCCGAAAAUUUUGUUAUGAACACCGCUAAUCUCAUCCGGAUUGAAGUUAACAAGGCUUUGCACAUCGCUCGUACCGUUGCGCUUGGCAAGGACUUCAAGCUGUUUUUAUUGGUGGUAGCUUCCUUGUAUGUUGUGUCGAUUGUCGGCUCCUGGUUCAACUUGCUAACCUGCGUGUGGAUUGGCAUUGUGUGGUUUCACGUGGUUCCGUUCAUCUUCGACAAGUACGAGGAUGUGAUCGAUCACCAUGCACAGAAGGCAUCGGAAGCAGCGAGCGUGCAGUACAGGAAGCUGGACGACGCGAUCUUACGCAAGAUCCCGAGAGCCCCGUCAAUGAAGAAGAGGAUGUAGGGUGGCAGAAGGUGUGCACAUGAAUGGGUGGGGAGUGGGGUGGGGAGCAUCCAAGUGGGGGAAGGUGGUGUAUAUACGUAAAUAGCUGGCGAGCAGCAAGAUGUUGGCGGAUGCGUGAUGUUUGGAUGUAUGGAUCUCUUGGAAUGGCAAUGUGCAGCGUAGUAGGAGGAAGUGAAGGGAUAAAACAUGGCGUACGAAUAUAUAGCUGUAUCCAGUCUGUUGAGGAGACGUGGGUUGUGGACAAAUUUUCCUACGAAUUGAAACUACAUAUUAUUGGAGUUGGAAAGAAACGUCUGGGUGGAAGUUGGAACUGCCGGUGAAUGUGGACAUGAAAGCUUUCGGACCAAGCGAUGUUUGUGCAGUGCAAUGAAGAGGAUUCACUGACCAAUCCCCAUCCGUUCAGUCAUUCCUGGUCUUUUCAUUUUUAUUUCAAUUUGAUUGUUUUGGAUUUAUGCUUGGUUUUAAUUUAAGAUAUUAGUCCAGGAUAUUGCAAUGUGAGUUAGUAAUUUAUCCAAUUUUAAGUUUCUUGACAUUCAGCUUUCAAUUUGACCUUCAAAUCUUCAUUGUCUUUUGGUUUCAGUGUGAGGCACAUAUCUGGAACGUCUAAUUGCUUGUAAUUUCAUUAUUUCAAUCAAUUGAGCUCUGAACUUUAUUUUGGCUUGCAA